GAAACCGGUUUAAUGGCUCGCUGUUUGAAGCUAGUUAGCAUUAUUUGUGAGGGCAGAAAUACUUCAUCGGAAAUAGACAGACUGGAGUUAAAUUCUACAUCUUAACGCGUUUAUCAAGGGAUUAAUGGGGACGACUUUUGCACCUCAGCAUGCCGGUGCGCCUGAGGAAGUGCGAGGGCGGCCGUGGACGCGCCUGGCCUGGAAGGAUCAGUAACGCGAGACGGCAGCCGGGCCAGCGGGAUUCCGGAACGCCUCCCAAUGGAUUUGUAGAAAUGAUGAGGCAGUAACUGCAGGGCGCUGACCCCAGACACGCUGGGCUGAGCUCCGCCAUGGCUGCCCAAGGAGGGAACGCUCAGCCCAACGCGCUCCCCGCAGCGCACGGCAGCACGGCAGGGCAGAGAACGGAAGGCGGGUGAUCCCGGCGGGAACCCGCGGCAGCGCAGCCCCUCCUGCGCGGCCGAAAGGGCGCAAGCACUCGGGCCCGGGGCCGGGCGAGGCGGGGCCGCCAGCACCACAGGCCGCUCCCCGCGCUCGGCCCGGCCCGCCAGCAGCGCGCCUGCGCCUCCAGGAUGCGGCCGGGCCCGGCCCCCGCGGCGGCGCUGACGGACGUGGCAAUUCUAGAAGCUAUGGAUAUACUCUUCAGAAUAAGAGGAGGCUUGGAUCUUGCAUUUCAGCUUGCAACUACUGAUGAGGCAUCAACAAAAAAGGCAUUAGGAUAUGUUUUCAGUGAUCUUGAAAACAAACUGUCCUCAGAGGUUCUUGUAUUCAGAAUUUGUCACAGUUCAGUCUAUGUGUGGCCUAACAACGGUAUGACCACGGUUCCAGAGCUGACUGAUGAGUCUGCGUGUAAGGAGAUAAUGCGAUUUAUACAAUUUGAUCAAGAUGAUGAGACCAAACGAAAGCUUGGAAAAAAAAAGGAUAAAAAGUUACAGGAUACGCAGCAGAUAAUCAAUGUAGACCUCAUGUUGGAAAUGACAUCUUCAUUAGCUGCUUUGGCUCCAGUUAUUGAAAGAGAAAAGAAGGAACACCACUACAUAAAUAUGACAUUACCAGUUGAUGUUGUUGUAUCUGUUUCUCCAGAAGAACCAUGGGGAAAGGUACAAAAUCUCCUAGUGAAAGCAAUUCAUGGGCAAUUAGCUGACAUGGAAAGAUGUAUCAUGAAAUACAUGAAAGGCACAUCAAUUGUGGUACCAGAACAAUUCCAUUUCAUGUUACCAGGAAAAAAUCACCUCAUAACAGUCUCAUAUCCUACGGGUAUUUCAGAUGAUCAGCUGGAAAAUUACAGAAAGGAAUUGCAUGGGUUAUACAAUCUGCCUUGUGACAGACCAUAUUUCAAGAGAGCAAAUGCUUAUCAUUUUCCAGAUGAACCAUAUAAAGAUGGAUAUCUCAGAAAUCCACAUUUACAUCUUAGUUCACCUGGCAUGGAGUCUGGUAUGGUUUAUUUGGUACAAGGUGUAUACAGUUACCACCACUAUAUGCAGGACCGCAUGGACGACAGUGGCUGGGGCUGUGCCUAUCGGUCUCUGCAGACAAUCUGCUCUUGGUUCAAGCACCAAGGCUACGUGGAUAGACCUGUACCAACACACAAGGAAAUCCAACAGGCACUGGUUGAUGCUGGAGACAAGCCUGCAGCAUUUGUUGGGUCACGGCAAUGGAUUGGUUCGAUUGAGGUGCAGCUUGUUUUGAAUCAGCUUUUCGGAAUAACAUCCAAAAUAUUAUUUGUCAGCCAGGGUUCUGAACUAGCAUUGCAGGGAAGAGAGCUUGCUAAUCAUUUCAAGACUGAGGGAACUCCAAUUAUGAUUGGUGGAGGUGUUUUGGCUCACACAAUAUUAGGGGUGGCUUGGAAUGAGACUACGGGGCACAUAAAAUACUUGAUUCUAGAUCCACAUUACACUGGAGGAGAAGAUCUGCAUGUUAUUUUGGAAAAGGGCUGGUGUGGAUGGAAGGGCCCGGAGUUUUGGAACAAGGACGCCUAUUACAAUCUGUGCCUACCUCAACGACCAAAUGCUAUUUAAAUUCGCUCUUGUCCUGAAUGUGCUGAGAAUGAAUAGUAGCUGAUCUAGAUAAAACUGUCCUGUUAUUUAUCAAAAUAAUGCUUUAAGUCAAUCAAAACCCUGUUGAAAUAGAAAUGUUGGUUGAAUGACUUAAAUUAAGAAAAUAUUUUUUUAAAUGAAACCUCUAGAAAUAAGAGUUACCUGCUUGGAACUGUAUUCCUUACAAAUGCAUUUAUUAGGCAACGAAUACUGUGUACUUUUCCAUAGCAGAACUGUAGGUUUAUAUAGUAUUUUCCUUCUGCUAGAAUCUUUAUAGAUUAAUGCCAAAUCCUUUUGUUUUAUGGAGUUUUUUCAUGACAAAAAGAUAAACUGUCCUCUGCCUUUCAA